GUUGGCAGGGCGUGGGAGAGGACUGAACAUGACAUUGUCGGUUGUUUUCUUAUGCUCAGUCCUAUUGUAUGUAUGUAUGUUUCCCUUAACUCCCCAUAAUCACAUAAUACUAUUAUCUUUGCGGUUCCGCACUAUACUAUUCCUACUCUCUCUCUCUCUCUCUCUCUCUUAUCCUUCCUCUCUUCCUAUCUUCCCCUUUUUCACUUUCUAAUUAGCUCCGUUUCAAGCAACCAUGUUGUCUCUUGUUUCUUCUUACGUUCUUUGUUGCCUCCUCCCCAACACACGACCACAACCAACAACACUUUUCUCUCCUUCCACUUCCUUAAAACAAACCUUAUCACUUUAAUUUCCUUUUCCUCUCUCAAUCUCUCUCUCUUCUAAGUGACAACCUUAGCUUAGAGACUGUUUCUUAAUCUCAAUUUUCAUGCAUUUUUAAGGUGGUGGUCACUCAGCUUUGCUUCUUCUAAGGUGGUUCUAGGGCCCCAUACCCUCUUUAUUUCCAGCUUUUCUUCUUCAAUUUUUUUACCCUUUUUCUUUCUCUCUCGCACCCCACCAUAAGAUUUAUAACAUAAUCUAGAUUUUGAAGCAAAUGAUUUUUUCACUACUGUAGUAGCAUAUAAUUAAGCUUUACAUAAAUUUUGUUAGUUCAACUUAUUAUACCUUUUCAUCUCUCUAUGUUCAUGUGCAAAACAUAGGGUUAGGGUUUCUUAAACUAGUCAUUAAUUAGGUUUAGUUAUUGAUUAAGUAAUAAUGUCAUUAGCUGGUGAGGAAAAGGAAAUGAGAAUGCCAGGUUCAUUAGGGUAUCAUUCACUUGAUCAGAACACAGAUCAAGGAGGCAACCAUGUCCACCCAUCCAACAUUCAAGAUCACGAAAAAUCCACCGGCGGAGGCGGUGCAACGCCAGCAGGUACUGGCGUUGCACCAUACAAUUCCGCCGGUGGUAUUACUGGAUCUAAUAAGUUUAACAAGGUAAGUUCAAGAGCAGCUAGGUACCGUGAGUGUCUGAAAAAUCAUGCUGCUAACAUUGGUGGAAAUGUGACUGAUGGAUGUGGUGAGUUCAUGCCUAGUGGUGAAGAAGGUACACUUGAGGCAUUGAAAUGUGCUGCUUGUAACUGCCACCGUAACUUUCAUAGAAAAGAACAGAAUAUUGGUGGUGGUGAUAACAACAAUAAUGCUGGCAUUAUGGUUGUGCAUCCACUACAGCUUCCUCAACCACUGCCUUCUCCGAUACCUUCAUUGAAUCAUCACCACCACCAUCAACAUGGCGGCCGCUCUAUUUGGACUACUAUGCCACCUCAGCCUGUCAAAAUGGCCUUCGGAGGGAGCGGAGGGAGUGGGGCGACAGACUCAUCGAGUGAAGAGCUAAACUUCAACACUUACCAUCAUCAACAAGCAACUUCAGUGCCCCCACAACCUCAACCACCAUUUGUGUUGGCUAAGAAAAGAUUUAGGACAAAAUUCAGUCAAGAACAGAAGGAUAAAAUGUUGGAAUUUGCAGAGAAAUUAGGGUGGAGAAUUCCAAGAGAAGAUGACACUGAAGUACAAAGAUUCUGCUCACAAGUUGGAGUGAAGAGACAAGUUUUUAAGGUUUGGAUGCAUAAUAAUAAGAAUCCAUCUGCUAAAAAGAACACAUUACAAGAAGAUCAACAACCUUAAUUAUUAAUUAAGGUUGAGUUGAGUGAAAAAAAAAUGAAAUUAAAUGAAAUUUCUUGGGAUUUGGUUCUUUGCUUAUGUAAUCUUACUAGGAAUCGUACGUAGCUAGCCAACCUUUUUUUUUUUUUUUCUAUGUAGCAUUAUUGUAACUAUGGUACCUCUCUAAUCAGAUUUUAUUGUUGUACUUGGAAGCUUUUAUUCAUCUGAAUUUUUCAGCUCUCCUUA